AAAAAAAAAAGAAAAUGGGCUUAGAUCACAAUUGGUGGUUUGCCCGUUGUCUUGCUGUGGUGGUCAUGGUAGCGAUUCCUACGGCAGUUGAAACUUUUUUGCCCGUCCAUGUGCCAAUGCGACGACAGUCUACUAGAGACCAGCUGUUCUGGCUCGAAACUCGAUUCUGUGCCCAUCUUGUUGAAUCCUUCGUUUGCCGGACUCGCAUCGCCCACCGUCCUCGAUCUCAGCGCUAAUCGGCUCACUCGACUGACGGAUGACCUGUUCGCCGAACUACCUUCGCUGGUCACGCUCAUCCUCAGUGGCAAUAAAAUUCAAACGGUGGCCAGCGGAGCGUUCAAUUCGCCCCGCAAACGGCACACGCUGCGUCUCGAAGACAAUAAUUUGGGUAACGUCCCUACGGCCUCUCUAGUUCCCCUGGCCGCUGGUUUGCGAUCGUUGUAUCUCGGCAAAAAAAUCUGAUUGAGACGUUAGAAGACGGAGCGUUCCGUCAUCUUGCCCGUUUACGGCUGUUGGCCCUUAACGACAACGCCAUUGA